AUGAGUACUGCUGCGAAAUGGGUUGAUUACGACCCUGAUGAAACUUACGACCUAACGACAGCAUUCCCCAAACUUCAGCUACCUUUGCGUAUGAACAACCAAGACCAUAUCAAGAUUGCCGUUUGCUCGUCGUGCAAAACAGUAAAAAACCAUCGUUUCCCACCUGUAUUAGCAGCAAUACCAGAAGAAAUCAAUGCGGUUCCAAUGGUGUACCGAUCCAAUAAAAGAAAGCCUAAAGAUAAAUCUCCAAGCAAAAAAUCCAAAAAAUCACCAGCAAAGAAAGAAAAUAAAAAUACCAGAUUAAAAAGAAAUUGUAAUAAAAACAUUUGA